CCUCCCCAUUUCACCGACGUGUCCUGUCCGCUGCCACAACUCUCGUGUCUGUAGAUGGGGAUGCGGCUGCUCCAGCGCUACACUCUGCUGCUGGCGGCGGCGCUGCUGCUGCUGUGUGGCGGCAGCGGGGGCGAGCUCGGCGCGGCUCCAGGGCAGCGGGAUCCGCUGCUGCGGCUGCCCCACGACCUGCUGUGGGCGGCCGGCGUGAGCGACUACUACCUCGGCCGCUGGGGCCCCGCCGCCCGGGAGCUGGAGCGCUCGCUGCUCGGCCGCUCGACGUUGCGCCAGCUGCGGGGGGGAUGCUCGGAGCACUGCGACCCGGGCUCAACCCCGGCCCAGGAGCCGCCGUCACUGGGCCACCCCCUCCUCCCGACCCCCGGCCCUCUCCUGUCUUCGGACCCCUUGUCCCAACUCGCCUUCUUCGGGCGCGUCCUGCACCGCGCCGACUGCCUCCGCCGGUGCCUAGAGGCCGGGCUGGGUGGGGAGCCGUCCCGGCAUCGGGUGACGGGCGAGCUGGACGCUGCCUUUCGCAGCCGGGCCCCCUACAACUACCUCCAGCUGUGUUACUACCAGAUAGGACAACUGGACAAAGCUGCGGCCGCAGCUCAGACAUUCCUGGCUGCCAACCCGGACCAUGAGGAGAUGCAGGAAAACGUGGAAAAGUACCGGCGGAUGGAGGGAGUCAAGGCCGAGGACUUCAGGGACCUGGAGGAACAGCCGCACUGGGUGUCCUAUGACCUGGGCAGUCGGCUGCUGCAGGGGGAGCAGUUUGUGGAGAGUGCCCAGCAGCUGGAGCAGUCGGUUGGGCAGUUCCUGGCGGCCCUGGACCAGUGUCGGGCUCAGUGCGGAGGGCCCCAUCAGUUCUCCGACUACAGCUACCUGGAAUACCAGAGCCACCUGUUCGAGGCUGUCGCUGACCACCUGCUCCAGGUUCUGCAUUGUAACCAGGAGUGUGUGCGUGAGGUGGGCACGAGGCUGGGACCCACGCAGCCGCUCACCGACCUGCUGACCUCCGCCCUGCGGCUGCUGCAGUACGCCCAUCACCGAGCGGGCAACUAUGAGCUGGCGGUGGAAUAUUCCAGAACCUUCCUCCUCUUCUGGCCUCAAGAUCAUGCCAUGCUGCAGAACCUGGACUUCUUCAGAUCCCGACUGGGAGAGGAGGGCACGGCUCGUGUGGGGGUCAGAGAGGAUAUCCGACUCUACCUGGAGCGCUCUCUGCUGGAGAAACAGCUGCUGUACCUGGCGGAGGAGGGGCAGAUGGAUCAAGGCUUCGAGGACCCGGAUUCUUGGACCCCUGCAGAGAUCAUCCCCGAGUCGGUGAGGAAGAAGCAGAGGACAGAAGAGGAGAAGCCCCAAAUAUCUGCUCCGAGGAAUCAGAAGUCUGCUCCGAACAAUCAGAUGUCCCAACAAGCUGCUGAACCGAGGAGAGGAUUGGACGCCCUCAAAGCCUCGUGGCCAGGCCUGGAGGGCCUCUUGAUCGUGGAGGAGACUGGCUUGAGGGGGCCGGAGGAGAUGGUGCUGGACGGGGCACUGAGCCACAGCGAGUGUGAGCGGAUGCGGGACCUGGCCAACACUGCAGAGGAACUUUCCCAGUGGAGCGGAGAUGGGCGCUCGGCACCACCCCUGCCGGUGGGACUGGAUCUCCUUCAGGUGUUGAAGCUGUCCAGGGCCGGGAAGGUGAGGCGUGACGUGGCCCAGCUUUACCGGCAGGUGACAGAACGCUGCCGCUCCAUCGUAGAGCACCUCUUCCUGCCGCCGGGCCCCCUGCACUUCUCCUUCUCCCACCUGUCCUGCCGCUCCGUGCCUGCAGGUAACGAGGCCACACCCACAUCCCGGAGUUGUCUGGAGGAGCCGGAGGGCAGUGAAUGCAGCCGACAAGGGUCUGCAGGGGGAGCCCGUAACUUCAGUGUACACCUCUACCUCAACGAUGAGUUUGCAGGAGGCAAUUUGCUCUUCAUGGAUCUCAACACUCAAAAUGUUACAGUGGAGGUCACUCCCAGGUGCGGACGCCUGCUGACCUUCAGGUGGGGUGACGGGACGUCCCAUGGUGUUGGGGGUGUGACAAGGGGUCAACGUUGUGCUCUCGUCCUGUGGUACACCCUCGACCCCAGGCACAACGAGAAGGGCCGCUCUCAGAUCGACGCCCUGACCCAGGAACUGUUUCCGGAUCCCAUGCCGGUCGACCGUAGCCACGAGCCGGACAAAGGGCUCCCGCGCCCUGCGGAGGAGGAGUGGCCGGCCGGUGGCAGACGGCAGACACAGCGGGAGCGGAGGAGGGCGGAGCCGGUUGUGGCGGGGCGGCCUGGGAAGGAUGAGCUCUGAUUGGGCGGCGGGGGAAGAGCGGGGAGGAAUGGCCAUCGUUCUAUCUCCUGGGCUGACGGAGCCUCUCUGCCAGCAGGUUGGUGGGGGAGGUUAAUGCAGUAGAGGUCGCCCGGAGGUGAGGGGCCAUGUUCCCGAGGGAGAUAGGGAGAUAGAAGAGGGGAGGGGAGGGAGGGUUGGUUCGGAGGAAGAGCGAGCAAGAGGGAAAUGGAGGGAGACGAGAAAAGUGGUGGGUGGGAGAGAGUUGUCGAGCUGUACCGCAUGGGAAUUGGCUCUCACCCACUAUGGUCUUGCCGCCCCAGUUGCAAUGCUGCGCUAGUCCCAUUUGUCCCAUAAACCUCUAACCCCCCCCCCUCCCCUUCCUAUCCAUGGUCAGGGUAUUUUAAAUGCUGUUGGUGUAUCUGCUUCUAUUGCUUCCUCUGGCAGCUCAUUCCAGAUACAGACUACCCUCUGAGGUUAAACGUUACCACCGAGGUGCCUCAUAAUUGUACCCCUCCCCCUCAACAAACCCACGCCCUCUAGUUUUAGAAUUCUCUCAACUGGAAUACAGACUGGGCCUGUGACACUUGGGCGUCAUUUGCGCGUCAUUUAUGCAACAUCAUUUACGCAUCACGACGCGCGCAUGGCGUGCAAUACACACGCAUGGUGCGUGGUGACGUAGGCAGUAAUGCGCGGCCACGCGCGGCGCCCCAGUAUUUUGGGAUUCACAAAAUCUUCGAGCGCCACCUGCAUAAUGUGCAAAUGACGCCCAAGUGGGACAGGCCCUUGAGCGUUCACUUAAUGCACGUCACACAUGAUUUUAUACACAUCAGGAAGGUUAUCACAGCCUCCUGUGCUCUGAAGUAAACGGCCGCAGUCUAUCCAACCACUCAAGCCCGCAAGCCCUGGUAACGACCUGGUGAAUCCAUUUUGCACCCUUUCCGAUAAAUGCCACACUUCCUGUAACUGGGUGAGCAGAUGGCAUACAAUUCUCCAGGUGUAGUCUGGCCACUGACCUGUACAGCUGUAUCAUGAGGUCCCAACCCUUGCCCUCAAUUACUUUCCCAAUGAAGGCAAGCAAUUGUUUACAUUGUGCAGAAACAUGGAACUGCGGAUGCUGGUUUACAAAAGACACAGAGUGCUGGGGUUGCUCAGUGAAGCUGCUCCAGCACUUGGUGUUGUGUCAUAAAUCACCACCACAUCCAGCUGGUGAGCCACUUUCAGCGAACCAUGCACCUGUACUCCCAGAUCUCACUGUCCCACAACACGCAGAGAGCGAGGGAGCGGGGGGAAUAGGCAAGGAAGUCAGGGGCAGGAGAGAAGGAGGGGGACAGGGAGAGGGAGAUAGUCACGUGGCAAGGAAGUUGGGCUGUCAGAGGUGGAAGUGCGGCUGUGGAGGGGAGGGGGUUAAAGGCUUUGAAGGAACACGCUCCCACCCACCGUCAUGAUCGGCCACUCUGGCUGAAAGAUGGGAGUCUGGAGGGAGAGGGGUGGUGAGGAUGGAUAUGGGUGGGCGGGGGGGGGGGGGGGGGGGGGUGCAGGAUGAGGCACCCAGACUGUAACUUGGUGUUAACCCAGGCCUCGGGCAGGGUGAGGUCUCGGAAAUGUUCAGUGCGGGCGAAAAGAGCUACUCCAGAGUUCUAUUAAACAUGCGUUUUGCUGAAA